AUGGACAGAUUACAAUCUCUUUUAGGAGGUCGCAUGGGUGGACUUGGAGGUGGUGCUGGACUUCAGAACCAGCCUACUGUUGAUAAUGCUGAGACCGUCUACAUUUCGUCGUUGGCACUAUUGAAAAUGCUUAAGCAUGGAAGAGCCGGCGUUCCAAUGGAAGUUAUGGGUCUCAUGUUGGGAGAUUUUGUUGACGAGUUUACAAUUCAUGUGGUUGAUGUUUUUGCUAUGCCUCAAUCUGGUACGGGUGUGUCUGUGGAGGCUGUUGAUGAUGUUUUCCAGACGAAGAUGAUGGAUAUGCUUAGACAGACAGGCAGAGAUCAGAUGGUAGUUGGCUGGUACCACUCGCAUCCCGGCUUUGGAUGCUGGUUAUCAUCUGUUGAUGUCAAUACACAACAAUCGUUUGAGCAGUUGAAUCCAAGGUCGGUGGCAGUGGUUAUCGAUCCAAUUCAGUCUGUCAAGGGAAAAGUGGUGAUAGACGCCUUCCGAUCAAUUCCAUCUCAGGUUAUUAUGUUAGGUCAAGAACCUCGUCAAACAACCUCUAAUGUUGGUCUUUUGCAUAAGCCUACCAUUCAAUCCCUUAUUCAUGGAUUGAAUAGAAGUUACUACUCCCUUAAUAUCGAAUACAGAAAGACAUCGAAAGAGACAGAUAUGCUUUUAAAUCUACAUAAAAAGGAGUGGACAACUGGUUUGAAGUUACAGGACUAUAACGAUAAAGAAAAGGAGAAUUUAGAGGGUACAGAGAAGAUGGUAAAGAUUGCCAAACAGUAUGUGGAGAGAAUCCAAGAGGAGAAGGAGCUUACUGAGGAACAGCUUAAAACAAGAUACGUGGGAAAGCAGGAUCCCAAGAAGCAUUUGACGGAAACUGCAGAAAAAUUAAUAGAAGAUAACACGGUGUCGAUUGCUGCAGGUAAUGUGGAUAGGUUAGCUAUUUAA